AUGGGUAACCAAACUGAUCUUCAAUCCGCUUUCAAGCUAGUUGGUUUCCAAAACUUCGUCCGGAAAAACCCCAAAUCGGACCGCUUUCAGGUCAACCGUUUCCACCACAUCGAGUUCUGGUGCACCGACGCCACCAACUCCUCCUCCCGCUUCUCUUGGGGACUCGGAAUGCCAGUUGUUGCCAAAUCGGACUUGUCCACCGGAAACCUAAUCCAUGCCUCCUACCUUCUUCGCUCCGGGGACCUCUCUUUUCUCUUCACCGCUCCUUACUCUCCCUCCAUCUCAGCCGGUGCCCCUUCCACCGCCGCCAUUCCUACCUUCGAUGCCGCCGCCUGCCUCUCCUUCGCCGCCAAGCACGGCCUCGGCGUGCGCGCCAUCGCCUUGGAAGUUGCCGACGCGGAAGAAGCCUUCCGCACCAGCGUCGCGCACGGCGCCGAGCCGGUUUCGCCACCGGUGCUCCUCGACGGUCGCACCGGCUUUGCCGAGGUGCACCUAUACGGCGACGUCGUGCUCCGCUACGUCAGCUACAAGGACGCGUCGCACGCGUCCGACGCUGAUCCCUCGCGGUGGUUCCUGCCGGGAUUUGAGGCUUCAGCGGCGUCGUUCCGGGGGCUGGACUACGGGAUCCGGCGACUGGACCACGCCGUCGGGAACGUGCCGGAGCUGGCGCCGGUGGUUAAGUACCUGAAAAACUUCACUGGAUUCCACGAGUUCGCGGAGUUCACCGCGGAGGACGUGGGAACGAGCGAGAGCGGGUUGAACUCUAUAGUUCUGGCGAACAACUCGGAGACGGUGCUGCUGCCGCUGAACGAACCGGUUUACGGAACAAAAAGGAGGAGCCAGAUUGAAACGUAUCUGGAACACAACGAAGGUGCUGGUGUGCAGCACCUUGCGCUUGUUUCUGAAGACAUUUUCACCACUCUGAGGGAAAUGAGAAAGCGAAGUUUCGUUGGUGGGUUCGAGUUCAUGCCAUCUCCUCCUCCAACCUAUUAUGCCAAUCUUCACAAGCGUGCCGGUGACGUGUUGACCGUUGACCAGAUUAAGCAGUGUGAGGAGCUUGGGAUUCUGGUUGACAGAGACGAUCAGGGCACUCUGCUUCAGAUUUUCACCAAGCCCGUUGGGGACAGACCAACUAUGUUUAUAGAGAUAAUUGAGAGGGUUGGAUGCAUGGAGGAGGACGAGGAAGGGAAGGUGUACCAGAAGGGAGCUUGUGGUGGUUUUGGGAAAGGCAACUUUUCUGAGCUUUUCAAGUCCAUUGAAGAAUAUGAGAAGACUCUGUUGGAAUCCAGAAGUACUGUGUGA